AUGGCGGACCCCAAAUUAGUAUGGAAUCCCGACAAUGUUCGCGAUGUUGCGGAAUCCGUUGGUAUUUCGCAAUUGGGCGAAGAAGCAGUAAGGGCACUGUCGCAAGAGGUCGAAUACCGAGUCGGGCAAGUCAUUGUCGAAGCAAUGCGAUUUAUGCAUCAAGGGAAAAGGACAGUAUUAGGCACGCAAGAUAUUUCACAAGCGCUUAAAGUACUGGACGUCGAACCACUCUAUGGUUACGAAUCUACUAGACCACUGCGAUUUGGAGAAGCAAGCUUAGGUCCUGGCCAACCGCUCUUCUACAUUGAGGAUGAGGAAGUAGAUUUUGAGAAACUCAUCAAUGCCCCUCUACCAAAAGUUCCGAGAGAUAUGUCAUUUACUGCACAUUGGCUCGCGGUCGAAGGUGUCCAACCAUCAAUCCCCCAAAAUCCCACAACAGCAGAAGCUCGCGCGAAUGACCUAGUGCCUAAAGGUCCCGGUGCGAAUCUCAAUCUCGGAGCUCUAGCUGGUAACGACAAUGUUUCGGUUAAGCCUUUGGUCAAGCAUAUUGUAUCGAAAGAGUUGAUACUAUUCUUUGACAAGAUUCGUGCAGCUAUUCUCGACGAAGAUAAUGAUCCGGAAGUCGUGACAUUACGAGAAUCAGCACUGGAAAGUAUCAGAUCGGAUCCAGGUCUUCAUCAAUUGGUCCCGUAUUUUGUUCAUUUCAUUGCGGAGAAAGUAACUCAUUCUUUGAGUAACCUUUUCAUAUUACAACAAAUGCUGAAAUUAGCGAAUGCCCUCAUCUCAAACACAACCCUCUUUGUCAAUCCAUACAUAUCGAGUCUUUGUCCACCUAUUCUUACAUGUCUAGUCGGUCGUACUCUUGGAACAGGGGCAUCGGAUGAAUUGAAAGCGAAAUAUCAACUGCGCGACACGGCAGCAUCUCUUAUCGGCAUCAUUUCAAGAAAGUACACGGAAUCAAACGCACAGCUUAGGGCAAGAUUAGCAAGAUCUUGUCUAAAAUUCUUCUUGGAUCCAACGCGCUCUCCGGGAGAGUAUUAUGGCGCUAUUAGUGGACUCCUGGCAAUCGGUGGUCCUGAUGGUGUUAGAGCCCUCAUUCUUCCAAACUUGAAAGCUUUCGAUUAUGUGUUAAACAAAUUGAGAACUGACAGAACUGGGGAUGACAAGGAUGUACAGAUGUUGAUUGCGGUACUCGUGAAAACGGUCAUGAGUCUUUCUGAAGAAGCUGAUAUCCUUACGAAUGGUACGAAUGGUACAAACGGUAAUGGAAUGAAUGGGGUGAUGGAUGUAGAUAGUGAUGAAGGAAAACAAAUAGAAGAGUUUCUAGGACCCACUAUCGGGAGUAGGGUACUAAAUGCGGGAAACCAUAAGUUGAACAAGGCAAUUUUAGAAGCGAGAGAGAAUAAUUAG